AUGGCAGGCUCAGAGGUAGUUGAACCCUCAGGCGGUUGGCUAUGCGGUGGUGGACAAAAGCGUUGGCAGCGACGACGAAACAAAGCUGCCUCCAAUCUCUCUCGUCAACCUUCCAGAUACAGCCGGGAGCGCAUCCUUGUUAUGACCACGCGAGCUCCUGAAGAAGCUGCGGACCUACCGAUACCCUCCUCGCCCAUGGUCAAUCCCAGCCCUAGCCCCGGCGCAUCCACACCCACAACACGCGCGCCGAGCCGCGCACCAGCUCGAUCCUCAACCAGCAUGGCCAGCUAUCCCAGACACCCGGCGCACAGCCCCGCUGACUCUUACAUCGAUUACGCCGUUUCCGAAGCUGAAAUGCAAGCGCUUCGCACGUGGUCUGCCAUCAUCAUCCAAAAAACCUGGCGUGGCUAUGCUACCCGUGCGCGCCUCACCAGUAACGGUGGGUGCAUCCCAUACGUUGCUCCCAACAAUGGCUACCGCAUGCGCCGCAAAUCUGUUGUGCGGCGCGACCGACUUCCCGAUGCUCGCUUCGCCGAGGGCCGUAUCUCCGAUAGUAGUGAAGUCUUUGCCCUCUACCAGGUCAAUUGGGGACACCAGCUUGGCAGCGGCGCCUUUGCUUCCGUUUACCCGUGUCAUGAUGUCCAUCGGAAUUGUCAAAUUGCUGCCAAAGUUGUCGACAAAGCCAAGGUCAUCUUCCCACCCGAGCGCGACUUGAUGUUUCAAGAAAUUCGCAUUCUGCGCACUCUGGACCACCCGCAUUGUGUCAAGCUCUUUGAUGUCAUGGAAGUCAGCGACGCGAUCCUCCUUUUUAUGGAGCUCCUGGACGGUGGGGAUCUGUUUGAUCGAAUUGAAAAUUCGGGGGCGUUUGGCGAAUCACACGCCCGUGACAUUAUUGCUCAAUGCCUUGCUGCCGUCGAGUACUUGCAUAACAAGCGCAUCGUACACCGAGACAUCAAACCGGAAAACAUCAUGUUUGCUUCCGUGCCUGGCCACGAGCCGGUCGUCAAACUCACCGACUUUGGCCUCAGCUGUACGGUGGACCUACCUCUUCGCUCCUUGGUCGGCAGCCCAUCCUAUAUGGCCCCGGAAAUUGCUAUCCAGUCCUCAAGAGGUUACAGUCUGCCGAUCGACAUGUGGGCGCUCGGUGUAGUUACACAUGUUGCCCUGGCAGGCUGCACUCCGUACGCAGCUCCCAACCUAGAUUAUAGCGAAGUUUGGCGGAACGUUUCGACUGCCGGGCAAGACUUUAUCCGCAUGCUCCUAAAUCCUAACCCUACAUUGCGCCUUCGCGCCCGGCAAGCCAGUCGACAUCCAUGGCUGUUUAGCCCCGACGCGGCUUUGGCGCAGGACAUGCGAUCACUCACAAUGACGCGCUUGUCGCUGACACGCCAAGUCAGCCGCAGCGCCGCUCCCAAGCUGCCCAUACCGACCCCUAGUCCCGUGGAGCGGGAUGCUCUACGCGCCACCCUAACCAAUCGUAGCCUCCUUUCCCAGUUGGCCAUCUCGUCUGGUCUCGAUGUUUUUGGCGACACAAGCCCUGCAGUCCGCUCGGACGGGAGCCAUAGUGGACAUCAUUCGAGUCCCCCUCUUGCCGGCUCUCCAUCCAGCAACGAAUCGCCGUAUAGCGUUUCGCCCUUUCAGGUGGAGCGAGGCUGGAGCGAAGCCCCUAACCUUCAUGUCCUAACCGAAGAUGAAUAA